GGAAAGGCAGGAGAGCCACCCACGCACGUCCGCUCGGCCCAGAUCACGUGGGUCCCCCGCGACGGGGCUAGCCGGGAUUCCUCCGAUUGCGGCGCCCGCUAAGCGGAUGUUUUUCUCAAGCCAGCAGCAACUCUUUCUCUUUGCAUCCCCUUCUGCACGAUAUUCACAAUGGCUGCUGCUGCUAGAACGCUUCGCAUAGGUCUCAUCCCCGGUGACGGCAUCGGCCGAGAGGUCAUCCCGGCCGGUCGGCGGGUUCUGGAGUCCCUCCCCUCUUCUCUGAACCUGAAGUUCAGCUUCGUCGACCUCGAUGCCGGCUUCGACACCUUCAAGCGCACCGGUAGUGCCCUCCCCGACACCACCGUCGAGACCCUCAAGAAGGAGUGCGAUGGUGCCCUGUUCGGAGCUGUCAGCUCCCCCAGCACCAAGGUCGCCGGCUACUCCUCCCCCAUCGUAGCCCUCCGCAAGAAGCUGGACCUCUACGCCAACGUCCGCCCGGUCAAGACCACCGCCGGCAGCGCCAACGGCAAGCCCAUCGACCUGGUCAUCGUCCGUGAGAACACCGAGGACCUCUACGUGAAGGAGGAGCAGACCAAGGACACUCCCAACGGCAAGGUCGCCGAAGCCAUUAAGCGCAUUUCCGAGAAUGCCUCUUCUCGCAUCUCCACCAUCGCCGGUGAGAUCGCUCUUCGCCGUCAGAAGAUCCGCGAUGUGGCUGCCGUUUCCGGUCUCCGCACCAAGCCCAUGGUGACCAUCACCCACAAGUCCAACGUUCUCUCCCAGACCGAUGGUCUCUUCCGUGAGACCGCCCGCAAGGCCCUCUCUGCUGCCCGCUUCUCCUCCGUCGAGGUCGAGGAGCAGAUCGUCGACUCCAUGGUGUACAAGCUCUUCCGUCAGCCCGAGUACUACGACGUCAUUGUCGCCCCCAACUUGUACGGUGACAUUCUGUCCGACGGUGCUGCUGCUCUGGUUGGUAGCUUGGGCCUGGUGCCCAGCGCCAACGUCGGUGAUGGCUUCGCCAUCGGUGAGCCCUGCCACGGCAGUGCCCCCGAUAUCGAGGGCAAGGGCAUCGCCAACCCCAUCGCCACUCUGCGCAGUGUUGCCCUGAUGCUGGAGUUCCUCGGCGAGGAGACUGCCGCUGCCAAGAUCUACACCGCCGUCGAUGCUAACCUCGACGAGGCCCGUUUCCUUUCCCCUGAUAUGGGUGGCAAGGCCACUACCCAGGAGGUUCUGGAUGAUGUCCUCAAGAGACUGUAAAGAGUUCUUCCUUUCUCUCCUAAACGAAAAUGUAUAUGUAUAUGUACGGGGUGAAUGCAAAAAUAGACUCUAGAAUGAGUUGCAAAAUUAUUACUAC